GUUGAACUGUGCUUACUGUAGAUUCAUUCGAUAUUAUUCUCAAUUGUUAUGUUUCACACUUCAAGGCCAUCCGGGCCUUUGGCGUAAUUCGUUCGUGCUUGGUAAUUUCUUAUGACUGAGUACAAGUUAGUUGUUGUUGGAGCUGGUGGAGUUGGCAAAAGUGCUCUUACUAUCCAGCUUAUUCAGAAUCAUUUUGUUGAGGAAUAUGACCCAACGAUAGAGGACUCUUACAGAAAACAGAUGGUCAUUGAUGGAGAAAUAUGCUUGUUAGAUAUCUUAGAUACCGCUGGGCAAGAGGAAUACAGUGCAAUGCGAGAUCAGUAUAUGCGUACUGGAGAGGGAUUUUUAUGCGUAUUUGCCGUGAACAACUCCAAGAGCUACGAUGAUAUAAAUCAAUAUCGAGAGCAGAUCAAAAGAGUUAAAGAUGCCGACGAAGUUCCUAUGGUUCUUGUCGGAAACAAAGUUGACCUCACGAAUCGCAGUGUUUGUACAGAGGAGGCAAAAUCCUUAGCCCACUCUUAUAAUAUCCCGUAUGUUGAGACCUCCGCCAAGACCAGACAAGGUGUGGAAGAUGCGUUUCAUAAACUUGUCCGGGAGAUCAGAAAAUCUAAAGAGAAGAAGGGAAAAGAUCGUAAAAAGCGCAAACGAAAAUGUUGUAUACAAUAAAUUAACCACUAUGUUAUAUUGGGCGCCAGUGGGCUUUAUUUAAAAACUGGAAUUUAAUUUCAAAGCGUCUGAAUAAUGAUUAUAAUAGCUAUAUUUGUGAACUGGCCUUCAUCAGUAUCCGGUCUUCAUAAACUCUUCAUCUGAUUUAGCAUAAUUCCACAUCUGCUCUAGCAGUUUUACUAAAAAGUUACUUUAAAUAAUUGUUUUGUACGUAAUUACGUACACAAACAUACAAGUGUUUUAAAACUUAACUUGUUUGGGCUUUUGUAUGAAUUUUGUUUUCCUUUCGAUAUAUAUAUAUAUAUAUAUAUAUAUAUAUAUAUAUAUAUAUAUAUAUAUAACAAUGAGAUUUUAGAUAUCAUUCUAGGUAAGCUUUCUGCAACUUUUCUACUUUUUCUUAAAAUUAAUCGCGUUCUGUACAUGUUUUCAUCGCGCGACUAAUCUUUUUUGUCAGCCUCCUAUUUGUUUUGAUUCAAUCUGCUGUACACAAUAAGUAGUAAAAAUAACAAUGGCAUUUUUGCACACAUACAAACUCUGACUUUAUUGUUCCCGUUUACUGGUAUUAUUUUUAUUGAUUUCGAUGUUGUUAUGAUUGCUUAAUCUCUGAGUGUACAUAUAUCGAUUCUUCCUUUACUUUAUUUGUCCUCUUGUUUUAUGCAAUAUACGAUUAUGGAAAAUUGGGCAUGUUAAUUAUUUUGAGCUAUGUUUUAGAAAAAUAUAAAACCGUUAGUUGACAUGUUGAGGAAGAUUCAGUCUAUCUUAUCAAGGUCAGUAUCUUUAUAUUCGUACAAAUUAUAUGGAUGUCGAGCCUGACAAAACAUCAGUUGCAUCUUUCUGUUUAUCUGUCAAUCAGCAUUUCCAUAUUGUUUGUUUCUCAACGUGUCAUCCUUAAAUCCAAAAUCAUAUAUAUUUUCCUGAAUUGAAAGUUGCACAACUAAAUAUCAAUUUGUCGGCUCGAUAUAAUAAGUGCUUUUUAUGCACAUGCUGAUAUAUAUUGUUAAAUAUAACAAUUACAAUUAAUUUUAAUGAACCUCUGAAGUAUUGUUAUUUUAUGAAAUCCACUUUUUUCUAGUCAUGAAUACUUCGUUUGUGUGGAACAGUAAGAUAAGUUUUUACCACUAAUUAAUUGGCAGUUAGCGCGUCUUAGCUCACUGUAGUAUUGCAGCUCGUAGUAUGAUCAAUCCAUGUCAUAGGUUUGGCUGACAUGAUUCUAAUAUCUUAUUUUCCGAAGUUCUCUGUAAAAGUCAUGUUACUAAAACAUCGGGUCCUUAAGCAAAAGUGUACUAUUAGAGGUCUUUACGGUUUAAUUCCCAAUCAUUUUGUCUUGAACUUUAUCGUUGAUUAGUAGUAGAUGUAGCUGUUUUAGUUUAACUAGGCAGGUUAUCAGUGUUUACCGUACACACUCGCUCAGGU